GCGGGGUGGGUCCGGAUCCUAAUAGGUAGAGCGGUACUGGAGGGUGUGGAGGCUCCGUUGGAGGUGCCUGUGUCAUGCCUUAAGGAUUUAUUUUUUUAAACUCGUAGGGUUUGUUUUUUUUUUUUUUUUUUUUUUUUUUUUUGCUUUUAAUCUUCAGGAAGGCAAGGAUAAUUUUUCUGCCGUUGGGAGUCUGAGCUUCUGUUACCUCCAGAGAGGCUCCUUUCGGUUUCCUCCAUCUUUUCCUUUACCCGGAGUGUACUCUUGAGCGGGUUAGACUCGCACCCCCCAGCCCCCAAGUCUUGCAGUUUUAUUUGGUUUACGUUGCGUUCUUCGGGACAAUUCCAGCCUCCGGGUGAUCCUUUUUUCUCCAGCAGAUCCCCAUCAGCGUCUCAUCUUGGCUCUCUGGAGGAGACCGGCUCAUCACUGCUGCCCGCCGAGGAAUGGAGCAGGACAGCUCUCGGGAAAACCCAUCGCGGGAAGGCGCUUCCUUGCCGGGAGAUCCGCCUUCCUCCACCCUUGGACAGGCUUUAUCCCAGGUUUUGCACCGUCUCACCAGCGAGGAGUCCCGACGGGGCAAGGCCAGAAGUGCAGCAAUUCAGGACCUCGAUGCUCUAAUAGAAGCUGCAGAAUGUGAUCAGUUGUUUGAGGGGAGCGACACGUCGCUCCGCGGAAUGCCCGAGAUGCUGGGGCAGGUGGCCAAAGCCCUGGGGAAGUAUGCAGCCCCACCCAAGGAGCAGGAAGGUAGAGCUCGUGGCUACUCUGAAGUGGCUGAGAAGGGGGCAGCAGUUGGGGUACUGUUUCUUAAAUUAAUGGGGAAGAUUGAGGCGGCCAAGAAUUCCUUGCUUUGUCCUACGUGGAAGAUAGGCCUCCGUCCCUUGGCAGGACCCAUCUAUAUUUUCGCCGUUACGCAUAGCUUGGAGCAACCGUGGACCAGCCCAAGAUCCCGAGACGUUGCUGGGGAGGUGCUCGCCUUACUCCUCCGAACUACUCAGUGUGGUUCCGUGGCAGGAUUUCUGCACGGAGAAAAUGAAGACGAGAAAGGGAGAUUUACUUUAAUAAUGGAGCUUCUCAAACCAGAUUUGAAUAAGGAAUCCUGGAAGAAUAACCCAGCCACCAAACAUGUUUUCUCAUGGACUCUGCAACAGGUCACCCGACCCUGGCUGAACCAACAUCUGGAAAGGAUACUUCCCCCAUCACUGCUCAUCUCGGAUGACUAUCAAACCGAGAACAAAAUACUAGGUGUGCACUGCCUCCAUCACAUUGUGCUGAAUGUGCCAGCUGCUGAUUUGCUCCAGUAUAACAGAGCCCAGGUCCUCUACCAUGCCCUUUUCAACCACCUCUACACACCAGAGUACAACCUCAUUCAGGCUGUGCUCCUGUGUCUGCUGGAUUUAUUCCCCAUCCUGGAGAAAGGCCUGCACUGGAAAGGAGGUGCCGCUCGACCCAGCACACACUGCGAUGAGGUGCUGCGGUUGAUCCUGACCCACAUGGAGCCGGAACACCGCCUUCUCUUACGUAGGACCUAUGCAAGAAACCUCCCAGCGUUUGUGAAGAGGUUGGGGAUCCUAACUGUCCGGCACUUGAAGAGGCUGGAGCGAGUCAUCAUUAGUUAUCUGGAGGUUUAUGAUGGACCAGAGGAGGAGGCUAGAUUGAAGAUACUGGAAACUCUGAAACUUCUCAUGCAGUAUGCAUGGCCCAGAAUUUCCUGUAGACUUGUGGUCUUGCUGAAGGCUCUCCUAAAACUGAUAUGUGAUGUAGCAAGGGAUCCAAAUCUUACACCUGAGCCUGUUAAGAAUGCCUUAUUAGAAGAAGCCACAGAUUGCCUGAUUCUCCUGGACCACUGUUCUCAAGGACAGGUGAAGGAUCUCCUGGCCAAAAUUCUCCAAAGCUGUGAAGACAGCAAGGUGGUGAACUGUAUCAGGAAAGUGCAGCAGGUGUCUGAAGGCGCGUCCUACGACAGAAAUUAAAUUUCUCAUACGUUUAAAGUA